AUGGCCCUCGCGCCCUCAAGAACCACCAUCUCACACGCCAAAUCUUCCACCACACACCCUACAAGUUUAGCCAUUCAGAUCCGCCACGCAACAUUCAUUCCUCGUCCCCGACGACCGUACACCUUCACCCAGCUUGUCACCCUCUCCGACGGCUCGACCUACACCAUGCGCACUACAUCCCCCAACCCCAUUUACCGCGCAUCAAAAGAUACCCGCAACACUCUCCUGUGGCAGCCGAGCGAGAAGUCCCUCCGAAAUGUCGAAUUAGACGAAGCCGGGAAACUAGCUGCUUUCCGCGAGCGAUUCGGUCGCGCGUUUGAUGCCACUGCCCAAUCGGACGAGAGCGAAACCCCCGCUGCGGCGAGCGAGGCCAGUGACGAUGUGUUUGCGGAUUUAAUUACGGGAUAUGCUCCGCAGGACACGAGUACCAUGAAGGAUUCGGGACCCAAGAAGGCGCCCACGAGGAGGAAGUAA